CCAUAUUUAUAAGUUUGAUAAAAUUUUCGUUUACAUUACACAUCCAUGGCACUGGAGGGCAUAUGCGGCGUCGAUCGAUGGCCCUUCAUGAGGCGCUUCGACCACUUGCAGACCGAGUGGCAGAAGGAGCAGGUGCGGGAAGCCACCAGCAACUUUGAGAAUCCCUACGCCCUGAUGGCGCCACCCUUCGAAGAUCCGGUGGAGAAUUUACCCAAAAUUCUGGCCCACUGUGGGGUUAAGAUGGACUUUGCCCACGGCACAACCACCCUGGGAUUCAGGUACCAGGGCGGGGUGGUGCUCUGCGCGGACUCGAGGGCCACUUCGGGACAGUACAUCGGAUCGCAGACGAUGAAGAAGAUCGUCGAGCUGAACGACUACAUGCUGGGGACCCUGGCCGGCGGAGCGGCCGACUGUGUCUACUGGGACCGAGUGCUGGCCCGGGACAGUCGGCUGCACGAGCUGCGCUUCAAGCGGCGCCUCUCCGUGGACGCGGCGGCGCGGAUGAUCGUCAACAUCUCCGCCGAAUACAAGGGCAUGGGCCUGGUCAUGGGCAUGAUGCUGGCCGGCUACGACGACGAGGGCCCCAAGCUCAUCUACGUGGACUCGGAGGGGAUGCGCUGCCACGGCAAUGUCUUUGCGGUGGGCAGCGGCUCGCCCUACGCCCUGGGCGUCCUGGACACGGGCCACCGCUUCACAAUGACCGACCAGGAGGCCUUCGAUCUGGCCAGGCGUGCCAUCUACCAUGCCACCAGCAAGGACGCCUACUCGGGCGGAAUUGUCCGGCUGUACCACAUCAACGAGAAGGGCUGGCGCAACGUGUCCAAUACGGACUGCUCGGAGCUCUACAAUGUCUACUGCAAGGAUGAUCACUCGUGCGAUGAUGCCGGACUGGGUGAUGCGGGCUGCUGUAUCCACGAAGUUCCCUGCGCGAGUGGCUGCCAGCAAAAGAAGGAGGUGCCGGAGAACGAGGUCUCGGUGCAGGUGGCAGCCGUCACCCAAGAGGGGAACUAAGCCCAUAUUUUCCUGUGUACGAGGGCCUUUGUGUAUUCCUGAUUCUGGAUACUUGAUUAGAUUACCCCAUACAUAUGUAUA